AUCAGUGCUGCAGUCUGAGCUGAACUCAGAACUCACUCUACAUUUUUACGGAGCGCUGUCAGCAACACUGGGCGCUACGGACCGAGUUUGAAUAAGCGCCGUUACUCGUCUGCACUCCCCGAGAAUCAAAGAAGAAAGCCCCGGGGGAACAGCAUCGAGCGGACAGGGGACACAUGGAAACGACAUGUAGCUGGACAUACGGCGGUGGACUUCAUAGUUUCGCUCGAGAAGAGGCGAAGUGAGCUGCCAAAUAAACAUGCUCACCCCGAUGCUGGCCUCCCUGCUGCUGCCUCUUCUCCUUCUCUGUCGGAUUUCUUUCUGCCAAUAUUCAAGCGACCAGUGCAGCUGGAAGGGAAGUGGUUUGACUCAUGAAGGCCACGCCAGGGAUGUAGAGCAGGUGUACUUGCGUUGCUCCCAAGGCUCUCUGGAGUGGCUCUAUCCCACAGGGGCCAUCAUUGUUAACCUCCGACCCAACACGGUCUCCCCUGCCGCCGCCCGCCUCUCUGUCUGCAUCAAACCCUCUGCACACUCCAGCGGCACCAACAUCUACCUGGACCGUAAUGGCAAGCUGCGGUUACUGCUACGUGAUCAGGACCAAGCUCAGGGCAAGGUGCAGUGCUUCAGUAUCCAGGAGGGGGCUGUCUUCAUCGAGGCCGUCCCGCACAUGGACAUCAGCCGCCGCAUCACGGCGUUCCAGUAUGAACUUGUCAACGACAGGCUGGGGCCAUUGGCACACUCACAGGAUGCACCUUGUCAGCCCUGCAGCAACACUGAAAUGCUUCUAGCGGUCUGCACCAAUGACUUUGUGGCACGGGGCAGCAUUACGAAGGUGGAGCAGGAGGAGGAGGAGCACUCGAUUGUCACUGUGGAGAUCAGCCGCCUCUACAGACAGAAGACCCAGGUUUUUGUAUCUGGGGGUGUGAGGGUACGGAGGUGGACUGGCCACAUUAAAAUGCCUCUUCAGUGUGGGGUGAGGUUUGGGGAGGGCGAGUUCCUCUUCACUGGGACAGUGAGGUUUGGGGAGGCCUGGAUGGGAUGCGCCCCACGCUACAAAGACUUCCUGCAGUUGUAUCACGAGGCACAGGAUCGGGGGACCAACCCCUGUCACGUGGACACGUACUAAAUGUGUUACCUGCCCACGCUUGGAAAUAAGACAUGUCCUUACUGGGUGGGGAGGAGAGCUGAACCAAGAGUUCAUGUUUAGGAGAGAACGAGACUUACAGACUGGCCCAGUGGCAGAGCCUCUCUCCUCUCCUGCUGUCUCAUGACCCUUUGGAGACAAAGGCUGAAGCUCCUGAAUGUUGCUAAGCAGCAAGCUGGAUGGACUCCGCUCGUCGAACGUGAUGCAACGUGGAAUGUUGGACAAUGACCUCCCAAGUUUUAAAUGUAGCAAACCGCCAUUUGUUUUUUAUUUGUAAAUAAUGUGAAUGAACAUUGUAUAUUUUGAAGCUCUGCGUGCUUUGUAAAAAUGUUUGUACAGUUUUGAAGUAAUUUCUUAUGACAGAAAUGUAUAAAGUGAAAGCCUGUUAUUUUUAUUUUGUUUAAAAAA